AUGGCUUCCAACCUGAUACAGCCGGUAUUGAAAAAGUUUGAAUUCAAAGACCUUCGUAGUUAUAUAAAGUCAUUGCCACAGUCGACUAUUGUUCAGCUCUACAACUAUCCGGCAGCAUGUCUGGCCGUUUUCAGGGAACUGCCAGAGUUAGCGAAACUUUUUGUAAUGAGGCUUUUAUUCCUGGAGCAACCAGUCACAAAGUCAGUGGUCUUGUCUUGGAUCAAUACCAAACAUUCUAGUGAGAAGUCGAAAACUCUAGACGUCCUCAAGGAGUUGUACAUAUUCAGGGAGUCUUCGCAACAGCCUGGCCUACUGGCUGGCUACAAACUGGACGAUGCCUUCAAGAAAAAUCUCAAAGUUGUCCUCUGCGGAGGGGGCGGGUCAUGGUUGGGUGUAGGUUUGCAGCCAGAUAAGUACCGCAAGGAUAUUGCAUUCCUUGAUGCAUAUGCUAAAGAGAGAUGGGAGUACAUAUUACACUACAUGGUUCGUUCACAAGUUGUCAAAAAUUCAAACAUCAGCCGAGAUGUCAUCGACGUCUUAACCUACGCCGGACUCAUCCUUGAGUAUGUUUCAUCUAGUUCGGAUCCCUACAUAACGGCCGCCGGCUUCCAAUUCCUCCUCAUGGACACGCCCACCCAAGUUUGGACCUUCCUCCUGAAAUAUCUCGAGAGGAUUGAGUCGAACGAGAGUGAUUUGGUAGAGUGCUUGUCUCUCCUACUGACAAUCAACUUCCUCACCCUUGGAAAGGAUUACUUGACAGAUAAGUUGUCUGAGAGGCAGCAAAUCUUCCUCCAGCAUCUAAGAGAGUUCGGUCUCGUUUUUCAGAGAAAGAGGAAAUGCCAGAGGUUCUACCCGACGCGUCUGGCCGUGAACAUGAUAUCUGGGUCAGGUAAUGAGGUCACGUUCGACACGCACAAACAGGGUUACAUCAUUGUGGAGACCAGCUACCGAGUGUCGGCCUACACCGACUCUGCCCUGCAGAUUAACCUUUUGGCCCUGUUCUGUAAGAUACAUUACAGGUUUCCCAAUGUGGUUAUUGGCAACAUAACUCGAGAGAGCUGUAGAGAAGCCUUCAACAUGGGCAUCACUGCUGAACAGAUAAUCAGGUUUCUACAGACACACGCCCACCCUGAAGCUAGCAGAAAGAAGCCAGCUGUACCCCACACAGUCACAGAUCAGAUCAUGUUGUGGGAACUUGAGAGGGACAGGUUCAGGUACGCUGAGGGGGUCAUGUACAGCCAGUUCAAUGCUCAAAGUGACUUUGACAUGCUAAGGGACUAUGCUAAGCAGUUGGACGUGUUGAUCUGGGAGAACGCGCAGACGAGGAUGCUGAUGGUGACG